GUCAAACACCGGAAAUGCAAAAGAAACAACAUAAAAUAUUUUUUCGCUAAAAGAUUACCCUCAAAAUGGAGGCCUCGGUCAAUAAUAUGACGAAUUCUAAUCCCAGUAAGAGUGAAUCUUAAUUAGAAAUUGCGUAGAGUAGGCAUAUGUUCAUAUAAAAAUGAUAUCAUUCAAUAGUUUUUUAGGGAUAGCGUAUAUUCUCUAUUCUGUUAUAAACUAAAAAAUACGCGAGAAACUAACUUAGGCUAUUUGACAAAAACUAAAAAUAUUGAAGAGAUGCACUGCGUUUUUUUACCAUGGCGAACUUAUGUCCUAAAUUUAUCCCUAAACCUAACCUGAACCCUAAAUCUAAACCUAACCUGAACCCUAAAUCUAAACCUAACCUGAACCCUAAACUUAUCCCUAACAUGGGUUUUAACCCUAUCGGAACCAGGGUUUUGACAUUGUCGGUCGGGCGCUUCUUCACAUUAGCCAAAAUAUAGUUGGCAAUUUGAAAACAUUAAUAUUUAAACAAUAUAAUAUAUUUAAUAUAAUUACUACAUAAGACUUUUUUGUAGAAGUGUUUUAAUAUAGUUCGAUCAGGUAAAUAGGGAGUUUUUAAUUUAAAAGCUCAGUGAUGUGCACUGGUCAGUAUUGUUUAAUUUUUUAUAACGUCAUAACCCAAGCGUACUACUACUAAUAUGUAGUAUGUCUAUAAUUUAAUAUUAUACUCAGGGACUGAUUGGGGCAAGUUGAGUGCUAUAAAUAGGUAAAACGAAACUCACUUAUGCAUACCUUCUGCACAUGUCAAAAAGUGACGCAAAAACUUUUGUGGCUAUUACUAUUUUAACAUUCGUCUCAGUGAUUAUCUAGGUUUUUUUUGCAUUUUAUGUCACAGUUUUCUAAUAAUUUAUUUUAUCAUCAGUAACUCGGUAACAUAGAGUGCAAAUUUUCCAAACGCAGUGAUAUCAUCUUGCAGCAUUGUGUAUUUUGUGACUUGCAACAUCUUUAUUUUUAUACCUGGGUAUGUUAGCUAUUAUUUUUUUAAUGUAAACUCACAGAAGAUGGCACUCUACAGUGCUACUACUUCAUUUAUUCACAAACGGGAAUAACUUUAUCUCAUUAAUAAUAGCAAUUUCUAAAAAUAGUUUGGCUUUUCAGUAUUUAUGAGAAUGCAGUUGUCACUAGUUAUUCCCCUUUGCCAAAACAAAUUGGGUUGUCAGAAAUGGCUCUCCUCAUUAAUAAUUUUAUAUAGUUAUAACAAAGAUGUCCAUUAUCUUUGAUCUUUAAAAAUUUGUGGAACACAUAUCAGUUAUUUAAUGGGAAACAGUUGAACAAUAUUAAUUAGAAAUAAAUACAACCCAAUACAUUAAAUAGUUUCUAUUAAUUUUAAUUUGUAUAGCUAUUUGAAUUUCGGAUUAGUUUAGUCCCUUGAUUUACAUAAAUAAUUAUAUAAUAAUAAUAUGAAUAGCAUCAAUCUAAGUUUAAAAAAUUUUUAUGAGAGUACCGUUAUGCUUAAAAAUUGUAUUCGAUUUUCUUAAUUGAAUCAAUAAUGGUUUAAUAAUAGCAAUCAUAAUAAUUGUUAUUCUCUCAUUAGUGACAUUACUUAAAUAAAAGAAGAUUAUUACUCUGUUGUAUAAUGUAUAUUUUAAUAGGCUUAAGACUAAUACAAAUAUUACUAAUAAACUAAUCAUACUCAUUUUAAAUAACAAAUUAUGUAGAUUCAGGAUUAAAAUACUAUGUUUUUUCUAGGUAUCAUUCAGAUUCCAAGAGAAAAUUUUAAUUUUCUAUUAAAGAACUCUGUGGAGUUCCUUUCAUUGACAAGGAGGCAUGUUUGGACAAAGACAAGUUUUAUGCAGGAGAGAUUGUAGUUUCAUCAACCAUACCAAAAAGUCUGAAGGGCAGUCUAAAUAGAAAAUGAAAAGCAUAACAUCCCCAUUACCUUUUAAAAUUUAAUCAUGAACCCUGGUAAAGGUAUGCUCAUAUUAGUCUUAUGCCUGAUGUUAAUAGUUUUAUUUAUAAUCUCUUGCAUUCAAUUUUAUUUUUUUUAAAGACUUCUACUUACCUUUUAUAAAUAUAAGAAUUGACACAAAAUUUAACUGAAGCACAUAAUUUACGGUAAUUAAAAUAUGUUUUUUUUUCUUCAUAAAUAAUAACUUUUCUAAUGUUUCUACUCAUGUUAUUUUUAAUAUAUUCUCAAAUAAAAUAAUAAAAAAUAAAAAGUCUUGAUAUUAAAUAAAAGUUUUGUUGUUUAUUGUGUUGUAUAUUGCAUUGAGAAUGUUUCUCGUGAAAAUCUGGUAGCAUUAUCUUGUAAAAAAAAAGUUGUGGAUAAAAUAAAACAAAUUUGGAAACUCAGUCACAAGUUUUUGCAGUUAAAUACAAAGAUAAAUAAGGGGGUUUUCAAAAUUCACCAAAAAAUCAUACUUUUGUAAAAGCUAGAAAGAUGAAAUUGAUGUUUUUAUAAAGCUUAUAGCUAGCCCUUUAAAGUGAUAUAUGAUUUAUGUCAAUAAGACAAUAUAAUAAUUUAGGUAAUCUCUGAUUUUAGCUUUGUAAAUUAAAGCCAUUAUCAUUAGUUAAAGAUUGGUACUUUGAUAAAGUAAGGGAGAGGAGACUAAUACUUAAUGUGUAUCGGAAACUCGGUGCCGGAAGAUUUUAAUUUUUAAAGGUUGUGUUUUUCAGUUGUCAAUUUUAAAGCCUAUUGUCUUGAAAAUUACACUUGUAUUACAAAUUUUUUUUUUAGAAUGCAUCUUGACCUAUGUUCCUAUAUAAUUCUGAUAAUAAAUUGUGCCCUCUGCACUACAUUUUGGUUGUCAGCAGUAAAUAAUUAUGCCAUUCAUUUCAAUCAUCUCCCCCAUUUUAUGAUACAUUUCAACAUAAUUUUCUAAGGAGCAGAUGCAUAUUUUUGACUAAAACUAAUACUUAUUACUGCAUUAGGACUUAAACUCAAAAAACCUCUGGAUGUAUGGUCUACAAGAGAAAAGCUAUGCUUGGCAAGUGCAGUCUUUAAAAUCGGAGAUCAGAAUUGGUAAGUCUAUUCAAAAUCUUUUUUUUUUUAAAUGUUUAUCUGGGCUUGUUAAACUUGUGCACAUUUAUUGCAAAGCUGUUGACAUUCAUGUUACUGGAAAAGACUUUCUAAGAUAUGAAGCUAAAUAUAUCUUUUUUUAAAAUAAACAAACAAAUUUAAUUGUGUUCUGCAUAAUACAUGGAUGCCACAAUAAAAUUAAUCAUAAAAUGUAAUAAAUUAUAAUUGUGUAGACUUAUUGUCAAUAACAAAUUUUUACCCGUUUUUUAGGGUUUCAGUAAGUCGUGCAAUAAAACCUUAUGCAGACCUUAACAGACCACCAGACUGGUUCCACCAGAAGGUAAAACAUAUUUCUGACAAGAUUAUCUUAUUGUAAUUGGUAAUCCUGUUUUUUUUGUAUUAGACCUAUAUUUAUGCAAAUAUAUAACCAUAUACUCUCAUAAAUUAAUGAUGAGGAUGUUCCAUAACAUCAAGCAAUUGAUACAUUAUUCUAUUUGAUGGCAUCAAAACUAUUCUUUUUUUUUCCUUUAGAAUUGUCUCCUUCAAUACUAUGACAUGUUGGAACAGUUGGAACAACCUAAGUAAGCAAUUUUAAGUAUUCCGGUAUUUUUUCAUUUAGGGAUUUGUAUUAACUAUUAAAUGAUUAAAAAAAAAAGAAUAUUUAAUUUUCAAAAAUUAAUGCUUUAAGUUUUAGCUCUAAAACAGCUUGAAUAUCUAAUUAUGAGGAAUGUCUUCUUCUUUUCUUUUUUUUUUUUAAAAGACGAAAAAGAGGUGGGGAUAAGUCAGAGACGGAUGCACCAAGUUUGCAGAUUAUGAGAAAAAUGACUAUAGAAAGGAGUGAGCAGCUUAAGAAAGAAGUUUUGGAAAUGGAGCAAAGUUUCAAGUCAGUAUUUCAAGCAGUACAAUAAAAUUUGCAAGCACCAGACUUUAUAAUUUCAAAAUACUUUAAUGCUGUAGAUGAAACAAAAUAGUUUUGUAAAAAUUCUAUUACCCUCGCAUUAAUAUUUAAAGUUGCAAGGCUGAUGCUAAAGGUAUUUUAUAUAUUGUUUUCUUACAUAUCUGAAUAAAGGGGAAAAAAGUAAAUACAAACAAGUGAUUCCUCUUUAAUAAAUUUAAUAAAUAAAAAAUACAUAUUUUUGCCAUUUAUAAAUAGGAAAAAAAUACAUGUGGUUCAGACACAUUGAAUUAAACUAAAAAAUAUCACUGUAAAUGAAUACAAGGGAAAAUAGUAUAAUUCAAAUAGUUUUUCAUUACCCGAUGUUUCCUCAAAUGUUCCCGGAAUUUGUUUUCCAAGGGCCUCUUUAUUGACCGAUGGGGGAAAAAAGAAUUUAGGACAAUUGUCUUUCAUGAAGUAAAAAUAAUGAUGAAAAUCAAGCAAAUAUAAUGAGUGUUCUCCUCAUAAUUUUCCUUGUCCUCUGCUUUGUAAAUUUUUGUUUCGUUCAGCAGUUUCGUCCUCUAAUCUUUAUUUUUACUUUAAAAAAUAUUGUAGACCUAUGUAUAAAAUUUCUCCUAAAAUGACAUUAUUUUUUAAUUGUUGUUAUAUGCAAAACUUUUAUUCCAUAAGGACUUUAAAGUCUGAAGUUGAGGCUAUCAAAGCAGGACAGUGGGAUGAUCGAAUCAAAGAUGUUUGGGAAGAAAUUCAAGAGUGAGUUGCUAUGCCUCCAAUUUAUAUAUCGGGGGAGGGGGGAAAUAAUAUUUAGCAUCACUCUGCAUCUGCAAAAAGGAAGAAAAACAUCUUUGGAAGCAAGCAAACUAAUUCUUUUUAAAACCCUAAAAGCUGCAGAUACUUCUCUUGGUAUUAAGUUGUCUUGAUAAUGAAUUUUUUAUCCUAUGUUAUCUCAACAGGGAAUUAAGAGCAAGUGAAAAUAAAAUAAAAGAAGAAGUGGCGAUGGAGGAUGAUGACGAGGAGUUAAAGGCUUUGGGUGAGUCAAUGGAAAUUUUGAACUGUUUCUUAUCUUAGUAUAAGGUUCAACAGAGGUUAAAGUGUGUGGGUAUCGUGGGAGGAGGGGGGAUGUAAUUUAUUGAUUCAAGGUUAGUCAUUUGAAACAUAAUUAUAUUUGUUAAAAAUUAAAUAAUCAUUUACUAUACAUUUAUAUUUCAUUCAGAUUUAGUGUACUCCAUAAUCUCUCUUGAAAUAAAUAAAUGAUACUAAUCUUUAGAAACUAUUAUCUUUUUUUAGAUCCAUCUUUACUUAAAUUUGUUGUUCAAUAGUUUUUUUAUUUUUCUUACAUAUUUUUUUUAGCUGCAGACACAUCAGAUUUAUUGAUGCCUAUAGGUGAUAUUGAUGACAGCACACAGGACUCAAUAGAUGAUAUAUCUGUUGUAAGUCUUUUAAUGGAAACAUAAAGAACUUUAAGAAAUUAAAACUUGUACUUAAAAAUAAUUUUCUGAUUUCUCAUAAGCCUUCAAGCUAGUAAAAAGUCCUGGGCUACUGUAAGCUGUAAAAAUUUUUUAAUAUUUUUUUUUUGUGUUCAUGAACAGCUGACAGAUGAAGAAAGUAUUGCAAAUUUAGAUAUUGUUCCGUCCAUGGUCUCAACCCCAUCACAAUCUUCUGAACUUUCCACCAAAUUGCCAGCAGCAUCUCAUCUUUUAUCAUCUCUUCUUAAAAGUGAAGUGAAGUCAGCCACAGGACUUCAACAACUUAAACUUGUGAGGAAAAAUUUUUUUUUUUACAUUUUUUUGGUGGUGUUUUUAAAGUUAAAAAAUUGGUAGGAUCUCUUUUCAAACUCACAUUGACACUAUUCAUCUUCUUACAAUCAUCAGCUUGCCUUUGCCUCAUUCAAUAUUCUUUUUUUUUAAAUUUUUUUUAAUGACAGGAGCAGGAGCAGGAACAACUUCAGACACAAGGAGGUCAACAUUCACUUUUGGCCCAAGUUUCUAGGUCUCUUCUGAAAACACCAAUAACUCAAGAUGAUCCACUCACCACUCCACCAUCUAGCUGUGAGUGUCAUUGUCUCCCCUUUUUCCUGCAAGCAUCUUGAAUUUCUUAGUUUCUUCUAUACAUUUUGAUUAAAGUCUCAGUAUUAAAAUAUUGCUAUCCGUGAAUUUGUAAUGAUAUUUUAAAACCACUAAUUUCUAUCACAUCAUGUCUAUGUACUAUUAACAUCGAUAUAUCAUCUCCAUUUACACACUUGAAUUAUACUUUAAACUUUUUAGCUUAGAAAAAAAACAGUUGAAAAUUUAUUUCGGUUUCAGUCUCACAGAGAUCACAGCUCAUUCUUAAAGCAUUUAUUUUUAAUUCUUGUAAAAACUAAAGGUCAACUUAUUGGAAAAAACUUAUUUGGAUUUAUUUGCAUGUUAUAUGUGUGCUGUCUCAUCUAUCUUUUGUAUUGCAUGCUCUGCUAUGCUGAAAAUAUAAACGAAUUAUUAUCAAGGAGUAUUUCCUGAAUGACUUAUGGAUACAAUACUAAAUAAUUUAUAUUUUAAAGAACAAAACUUAAUUUUUUUAAGAUUCAUAUGUAAUUACCAUAUAUAUAUAUAUAUAUAUAUAUAUAUAUAUAUAUAUAUAUAUAUAUAUAUAUAAACACAAAAAAAAAUAAGAUUGAAAAAAAAUAUCUAAAUAAUUUAUAUUUUAAAGAACAAAACUUAAUUUUUUUAAGAUUCAUAUGUAAUUACCAUAUAUAUAUAUAUAUAUAUAUAUAUAUAUAUAUAUAUAUAUAUAUAUAAAUCCAGACUAGGAACAAUGGGAUUGCUAAUAAAUAACUGACACCUUAUGGUCGGCUAUGAUAAUUAUAAAUCAUACUUUACUCUCUAACUCAGUAUAGGAAUUUUUACUUUAUAUGUACACAACAUAGCACAGGAUAAUUUUAUGAACUUUUCUAACAUUUUUAUUUUGUAACACAUUCAAUGAGAUCAAAAUCAUGCAGUCGGAGCAGUAUUAAAUUUUAUUUUUUUUUUAAUUAAAAAAAAAAAUAUAAUAAUUCAUAUUUUGCUUUGAAUUUUCAUGACAAAGACAGUCUCAAAAUCUUGAUGCAUGUAGUUGAUGUAGCAAUGUAUUAUUUCACUUUCGAUACCUAUGCUCACCAUUUUGGCUGGUUUGAAAAUUUGCAAGGCAUUGUUUGCUCGUUUGUUCUCUAACAGCUGCUCCAACUCUGUCUCGGUUGCUGUCCACAGCCAAAAGCCAGAGUCUAGUGACAAACAUUCUGAAGACUGUACCUUCAACCUCCACACUUGAAAGCCCAGCUCCUGACGAUCUCAAUUUAGAGGAUUCUGUGGAUCUCAGUAGUCUCCUAGAGGAAGUGGUGUCUGAGAUGACAGAAAUCUCAUCUGUGCCAGGUAGUUUGAUGAACAAUGCAUUGGGAUUAAUUAAUUUUUUUUUUGCCUUGGUUGUAACAGGUUCGUGGAAAUAAAUCUUAAGUCCAUGUAUGAUAGUGUUUUGUUAUAAGAAGUUUCUUAAUUAUUUCCUUUGUAUAAGAUCUGAGACUUUAUUUUACUGCACAUCUUUAAGAUGAAUUCAUCAGACAGUAGAUGUGACUUCAUGGCUUUCCAUAUUAUGUUGGUUCAGUUUUAACUAUCUUUGAAUAAACCUAUUUCACUUUAGGACUAAAACCUGAAAAACUUAUUCAAUGCCCAUUUGUUAUUUUUAAGGCAUCUCUUGUAUGCCAAAGGUGUUCUUGUGCCACUUUGGUGAACUGGGACAGCUAUUAUCAAAUAGAUUUAGCAAACACCUUCUCAACUUUGAGCAAAAUUAAAAAUACCCAAUCCCAUCCCAUUUUAAAGAAGGUAAGCAUGAAGAUGCGACUGACAUUUCCGUAACAAGUAUACAAUAUUCAAUAAAUACACCAGGACUUGUUUAUUUGUUGAGUGAUACACAGUUUCAUUACCAGUACCUGAUAACCUGCAUUGUAUUACUUGACUAAAAAUCUCUCUUUAUUUUACAUCCAAGUAACUUGUACUUGCUAUUGUCUUGUUCUCCUAUCCCAUGAUUCUUGCUUUGGUUCUAUUUUCAUUUCCUUGUUACAUCUUGAAGUAGUCGCCAUCUUAUUUUGAGCUGAGUUUCUUUUUUUUUUCAUUUUAUCUUGACUGUUUUACUAUGUCUUGAUCUAUUUCCUGGAAAGCCCUCAUUUUGAUGUUGAUCUUUUCUCAAGCUUCUUCACACGCGGUGUGCUUUAUAUUUCAUUAAAUGCAAUUUGAUUGUAGUCUCCCCUCUAUAAUCCUUGACACUUGUAUCCUGAAAUGUCUGUGAGCCUCCUAUAAAGUAUUGUCCAGGUAUUAAUUUGAACAUAAACUCUAAUUAAACUAAACAAUGUUCUAGAGCAGGGGUCGGGAACCUUUUGUUUGAGAGAGCCAUGGACACCACAUAUUUUGAAAAGUAAUUCUGUGAGAGCCAUACAUUAUAUUUCCCUUUAAUUACAAUGAAUGCAGGGUUGCUAUUUUUCUGUCUUUUAGGUCAGCGGAGUUUAUCUCCUUUACCACUUCUGAUGCUGAGCUGCAGCAGACUUAAGCUCAUUUUUAGAAUGAAAUAUUAAUAUGCAAUUAAUAUGUAGAUCAAAGGAGUCUAAAGAAAUUUUUUUUUUUUAUAAUCGAACAUUUGUCUGCGAGCCAGAUGCAGCAAUCAAUAGAGCCACAUCUGGCUCGCGAGCCAUAGAUUCCCGACCCCUGUUCUAGAGUAUUGUUUCCCUCCUUUAAACUGACUUGUAAUUCCCUUUUUUUUGGUGUGACUGUUUGAAAUGUAGAUGUCACCAUAAUAAGCCAGAAUGAGGAAGAGCCUGAAUCUGUUAUAGAAAUUGAGGAAGUUGUCAAAAAAGCAAUGGAAGUCAAGGAGGAAGAGAAUGUUUUAGAUGAAGAAGAAAUAGUAACCAGCCAAGAGCUGGUUGUGAAGGAGGAGGAGCAGACAAGAGAGACGCCAAACUGUCAAGGUGUGGACACAAGCAUUGUGAAGGAGGAAAGGGAAAAAACAGUAAGUUACCAUUUUAUUUAUGCUAGAGCUUUAUGUGACUAACUGCCUGGUGUGUUACCUGAAAGUCAAAGAGAGCAAUCUCCUACAGAAUGCAUUUUUUUAAGACACCUAGGUUGGUUAAAUCUGAACUUGAAACAUCUUUCCUCAAGAAAGCUAAGAAUUUAUUUUUUUGGGACUAUUUUCAAAAAAUAAAAAAACAUAAGAAUUAAAUAUGGUGCAAAAACAACAUGGUCUGGCCUCAAGUCACUUAUUCACUUGCAGGAGGAUGAAGAAGAAGCCCCAUUGAAAAAAACAGCAGACAGUGUAGCAAGUGAAACAGAGCUGCCAGAAUCAUCAGUCAAGGACGAAUCACCAUCUCCCACCAGCAGCAUUUGUUCAAGAAUUAGCGAGACGGGCAGCAAAAGGGGGAGAAGAGGUAUCUUAAAUCUUGAGGAACUAAAAGUAAACAGUUGCUCCCUUUGUAAAAAAAAUUUCUCAUUCUAAUUAGAAAUUUUGGGAGUGUAUUCGAGCUUUUGAAAAUUUGUUGUGAAUGUUUUUUUUUAGUAUGGGUGUUUCAAACUCAUGAUCCCCACAAGUGAACCGACAUGCAUAAAUAAAUUAUUUUGAAAGAAUAACAGAAGCAUGAGUUUUAAGUGAUAAGAUUACAAAAUUUUCAAAGCCUUUAGCAGGGGAUUGUAUGUUAUUGUAUAGAGCAGGGGUCACCAAACUUUAUUCACAGUGGGCCGGAUGACUGACAAAAUGACAAGCGCUGGCCGCAUAAUAAUUUUGUACAAUACUUGAUUAAUCCUGAAAUCAAAGUUGUGUAAAAUUAUCAUUAAAACAAGAGUUAUUGCGGAGGACAUGAUCAGCGGAAUAGAGUCACAAAAUGUGGAGUCCAUAGUUAAAAAAAUACAAAACGACCUUGCACUUUAAAAAUGCAUAACUCAAAAAGUACUAAAAUUAGAAAGUUGAUUCUGGUUUAAUUUUUUUAAAUUUCAAAUUUGCUCAAUAUAACUGUACUUUUUAAAUAAAUGUUUAGCAUUUUUUAGUUUUUUUACCGAUCUACCUAAUUCUAAACACAAUAUAAAAAUAAUAUCACAAAGUCUUGUGUUCCAUACAUUUUAUCAAGCGUAUUUAAGUACCGUCGGCCUGAUGAACAAAUGCCGCUUGGGCCGUAGUUUAGAGUGACUUAUGUAAUCUUUGUUUGUUUAUAUUUGCAACUCUUAUUGACAAUUAGUACAUUAUCAAUAUGUGGUCCUCUGGUUGAUUUAAGUUUAAAUUAUAAGUUUAAAUUUGCUGAUAACAAUUGCCUUAAUAUCUUUAUUUGCUUUAAAAAAAAAAAAAAAAAGAAUGAAUAAUACGCUAAUCCUUGAUGAAUCUAAUGAACUCUUGAGUUUAAAAUUAUAGAUAACUUAUUUAUUUAAUUAAAUAGAUAAUGAAAGCGACUGUUGUUUUCAGGAAGGCCAAGGAGUGCCAAAUCCCGUGUGAACAUUAGGAAAAGUUAUACAAUGGUGAGAAAAUUCAAAAUUUACCCAUUUAAUAAAUAUUAACUUCUCAUUUUCUUGGAUCUUCCGUUAGGCUUCCUAAUUCUUUUUUUGAUUUUCUUAGCCCAUUAAAAAAUUAUUGUUGGCUAAUUAUAAUUUGAAAACAUAAUUCUAGACUUGUUAACCUUACUUUGAGCUUUGGUUGGAAUCCAAAAAUUAUCUUUUUAAGGAUCUUUAAGAUAUAACUUAAGGAAAAACAACAAUUAUCUUCUACUUUAAAGAGGAUGAGUUUUAUAAUAGCCAGUGUAAGAUAAAAGCUUUUCACAUCAAUUUUAUUAGGAUGAGGACAAAAAAGAUGAUGGAAGCAGCUCUAAGCACAGUGAUGUUGACAGUGAAGAUGACAUGAGAAGUGAUGACCCACAGUUACCGUCUGUCAACCAUAGCUCCAUUCUGUCAGAGUCGUUUCCUAACAGUCCUGCCUCUCUCUCUAUUUGGUAUGUUUUAUGCUUCUUUUGUGUAAGCCAGUGUAAUCUAUUUUUUUGUUAUCAGGUACUAGAGGCCGACCGAAUUUCGGUUUCGGCGCCGAAAGUGGCCAUUUUAUCACUUUCGGCCAAGUUUCGGUUUCGGCCGAAACUGAAAAGUUAACUUUCGGCUUAAUUUCGGUUUCGGCCGAAAGAGAAAAGUUAACUUUCGGUUUUUCUUCGGUUUCGGCCGAAAUUGACUUAGACUUUCGGCCAUCCGGCCGAAAGUGACUCAGGUUUUUGGUCAUUUAAUACUCAGCGAAAGCGAUAUUUAACAACAAAAUAAGCGACAUUUAAGAAUAAAUUAAGUGAUCUUUGAGAACAAACUCAAUGAUAUUUAACAACAAACUAAACGACAUUUAUGAACAAACUAAACGAUAUUUAAAACAAACUAAGCGAUCUUUAAGAACUAUCUUAGCGAUCUUUAAUAACAAACUAAACGAUCUUAAAGAACAAACUAAACGAUUUUUAAGACCGAACUAAAUGAUCUUUAAGAUCAAAACAAAUGAUCUGUAAUAGGAAACUAAAUGAUUUAUAAGAAUAAACUAAGCGAUCUUUAACAGAAAACUAAAUGUUCUUUAGGAACAAACUAAAAGAUCUUUAAGAACAAACUAAUCGAUCUUAAGGAACAAAAUCAAUUAUCUUUAAGAACAAACUAAGCGAUCUUUGUGAAAAUCUAAGCGAUCUUUAACAACAAACUGAGUGAUCUUUAACAACAAACCAGGCGAUCUUUAUGAACAAACUAACCGAUCUUUAAGAAAAAAUAAAGCGAUCAUUAACAAAAACUGGACGAUCUUAAACAACAAAUUAAGCGAUCAAUAACAACCAACUAAAUUUUAGUUCAACCAUUAAAAAAAGAUGCAUUCAAUAGCUAGGUCCUUAAAGAAAUAAGUUUGGCCGUUAAAAUUUUGAAAUGUUUGUUUGAGUCAGUUGGCAACCCUGGAAAGGGGGGGGGGGGUUCAGUCGACGCCAUCAUUUACGUCUUUCUGAAACGGUGCGCCAUUGAUAGAAACCGCUGGAACAAAAAAAACACAAAAGCACAAAGAUAGACUGAUGAGAAGCGAGACUACGAGCCAUAGAAAUAAGCCGCCUCCCCCCCCCCUUUUUUUUUGUGUGCCUCCCCACCUUUUCUUUACACAAGUUUCCGAAUUUGUCCGGAGCAAUCCUCGCAUGUACAAUAACUAAAAGAGGCAAGCUAUGAAUGGACUAUAAUGUAGGUGAUUAGUUAUCAGUGACGAGUUGUUGUUGUUUUUUUUUUUAAAAUACUAUUCAUUGCCAUUGAAUCGUAUCGUCAUAAAAUGCUUGUUUACCAUACUAUUACAUAAAGAUAAACCCAGCCCCGGAGAAAGUUUGCAUUGUGUAAGUCCUACACGUUACUGCUAGGCAAUAUGGUAUCACGACUCAAAGAUCAUACUUUGAUCAGACCCAGAAUAAGAAUGGAACAACGUCCAACUCGGUCGUUGUAAUUGUGUUGUUUAUGUCAACUUUCUGUCUCAUUUUCACCCUCACAACCACCCCAACGCCCACCCCCACGCCCACCCCACGCCAACCCCACGCCCACCCCAACCUCAACUAGAGGCCGACCGAAUUUCGGCUUCGGUUUCGGCGCUGAAAGUGGCCAUUUUAUCACUUUCGGCCAAGUUUCGGUUUCGGCCGAAACUGAAAAGUUAACUUUCGGCUUAAUUUCGGUUUCGGCCGAAAGAGAAAAGUUAACUUUCGGUUUUUCUUCAGUUUCGGCCGAAAUUGACUUAGAUGGCCGAAAGUGACUCAGGUUUUCUGUCAUUUAAUACUCAGCGAAAGCGAUAUUUAACAACAAAAUAAGCGACAUUUAAGAACAAAUUAAGCGAUCUUUGAGAACAAACUAAAUGAUAUUUAACAACAAACUAAACGACAUUUAUAAACAAACUAAACGAUAUUUAAAACAAACUAAGCGAUCUUUAAGAACUAUCUUAGCGAUCUUUAAUAACAAACUAAACGAUCUUAAAGAACAAACUAAACGAUUUUUAAGACUGAACUAAAUGAUCUUUAAGAUCAAAACAAAUGAUCUUUAAUAGGAAACUAAAUGAUUUAUAAGAAUAAACUAAGCGAUCUUUAACAGAAAACUAAAUGUUCUUUAGUAACAAACUAAAAGAUCUUUAAGAACAAACUAAUCGAUCUUAAGGAACAAAAUCAAUUAUCUUUAAGAACAAACUAAGCGAUCUUUGUGAAAAACUAAGCGAUCUUUAACAACAAACUGAGUGAUCUUUAACAACAAACCAGGCGAUCUUUAUGAACAAACUAACCGAUCUUUAAGAAAAAAUAAAGCGAUCAUUAACAAAAACUGGACGAUCUUAAACAACAAAUUAAGCGAUCAAUAACAACCAACUAAACGAUCUUUAAAAACAAAUUAAGCGAUAUUUUAGAACCACAAUUUUUACAGACCCGGUUUAAAAAAUAAUACUUUGCAUUAACUUCCCCCCCCCCUUCCCUAUCUCAAUUUUUGCCAAAUUUUCUCAUAACAUACUAAUUAAAAAAAAUUGUAACGCAAUUUAAAUUACUCUUAUAUUAAAAUGGUAAAAUCCAAAGUAUUCAUUAAAUCAAGGGUCUCAAACUCAAAUUACCAGGGGGGAGGGGUGGGCGCAGGAGGUAGUAUCUGAAUGAGAGUGGGCCUCAUCAAGUAAUCCACAAAAAAGCGACUACAACUGUUACAAUAUGCUCAACCUUUAUAAAUAACGAUAAAAUCAUUAAGGGUUCUCAAGAACUAGGAUUCACUUUCAUCCACCUACUCACUGCUGCAUUAAAAAAAUUAUAGAAACAUUACAAAAAAAAAAAAACAACAGAAUUAGACUAGUCGGUGGGAUUCGACUGACACCGUCGCGGAGAGUCACGCUAUAGCUAUGAGGUUGGGGGAAACGGGCCGGCGCAUUUACACUAAACUUCUCUGUCAUGUAGCGGGCCGCAAAAUAUCGUUUUGCGGGUCACAAAUGGCUCGAGGGCCGCGAGUUUGAGACCCCUAUAUUAGAUGUUUAUUUAUUAACAUUCACAAUUAUCUCAUUUUUAUAAAAAGAAUGUAAAUAUUUAUACUUUCCCACAUCAUUUUGGAUGUAUGCAAAAUGUAUGCGGGAACGAAUUUCAAAAUAUCUAUUUAUUUCAUUUUCGGCUUCGGUUUCGGCUUCGGUUUUGGCUUCGGCUUCGGUUUCGGCCAAAAUUCAUUUUUAACUUUCGGCCUUUUUUCGGUUUCGGCCGAAAGUCAUUUUUAAACUUUCUGCCUUUUUUCGGUUUCGGCCGAAAGUCAUUUUAAACUUUCGGCCUAUUUUCGGCUUCGGCCGAAAUCAGAAAAUCACUUUCGGUCGGUCUCUAUCAGGUACCACAUAACUUGAUGAUAAUAAUAUUGAUCAAAUUUAUUUAAUAUUGUCACACUUUUAUAUAAAAUCAAGCCUAUGUCUGAAAGGGUGAUGGCGGGGGAGACUUGGGUAGGGAAUGAUUUUAAAAAAUAGCAUUUUGAGUUUACAAAAUAUUGUUUUUUCGUUUGGAUUUUCUAGUCAUAAGCAUUUCUGGCGCAAGUAAUGAUGUGCCACAUCUGUAAAACAAUGUCUGUUCUAAUAAGUUUGUGAUAGAACGUUCGAGUUGGGUCUUAGAAGUUCAGGUUUGGUCGUUUGCGGGGUUCCACUUGUGUUCCGUCAUCAGCAGGGUUCGGCUUGUGUUCAGUCGUCAGAAGGAUUUGGCUCAGUUGUCACCAGGGUUCGGUUUCGUCGUCAGCUGGAUUUGAGUUCGGUGUGUUAGGUUCGAUAGAAUUGAAAAAUAUUGUCUGGGUGCAUUCUCAUACUCUGUAAAAAAAUCUUUUUGAUUAGCCAAACUUUUCUAUUUAACAACUUAUUGAAGGAUUAAAAAUGUAUAUUAUAAAAAUUGUUUUAUGUUUUAAUGCCUCUGACGCCUUGUUGUACUUUACAGUAGUGACACAGAAGAGGAGAAAUCACUCAAGCAGUGGAAGAAGUCUAUAAUGCUUGUCUGGCGAGCAGCUGCCACUCACAAGUAGGUUAUCAUAUAUAUAUAUAUAUAUAUAUGUAUGAAGUAGUGUACUGGUAAUUUUAAUUUAAUUUUCAUUUCUCAGGUAUUAUAAACUUAGACAUUUCUUUAUUAUGUCCGCCAUUGUUAUUAUUUCCUAAUUAAAAAGUAUGAUGGGGUUUUUAAGACAUGGACUUUUUAUUCUCACUGUCAAGCAGAUUGUAUGUCACAUUCAGUGCAAAAGGCACUGAGCAAAGAAUUUGUAUUGAUGCGUACAUUUUAAAUCAAGUCUAAAAUUGUAAAUUGUGUCUUUCAGAUAUGCUAACGUUUUCUUACAUCCAGUGACAGAUGAUAUUGCUCCAGGAUACCGCAGUGUAGUUCACAGGUUUGAAUGAAUUAUUUCUGGGCUUCAGUUAUUACUAACACAAUCAACCAUUCCAUGAUUAACAAAUCCUGAAUUGUCUUCUUUUAAUCAUUUCUCUGUUGUUUGAUGACUUUGAAUUAGCUUUCUUGUAAAAGUGAAAAAUAGUGAAUGAUUUGUAGGAAAAUAAUUAUUUUUAAUGAUGUUCUUUGAAUGAGUUCCCUAUCAAAAUAAAGGGCCCUCUGUUUUGUUACAGGCCCAUGGAUCUCAGCACAAUAAAGAAAAAUGUUGAGAAUGGAGCAAUCCGUACAACCGUUGAGUUCCAGCGAGACAUGAUGCUGAUGUUCACCAAUGCUAUUAUGUACAAUUCCUCCAACCACAAUGUGUUUAAAAUGGCAAAGGAGAUGUAUGAUGAUGUGAUGCAACACAUUGAGGUAGGAAAAUCUCAACUUCUACUUUAAACUUUUUCAUUUCAACUGUUAUUGAAAAUGCAAUCUCAAAUAAUAUCUCUUAAAAACCAGUUAAAGACAUAAAAGAGUUUGAGUGAGCAGGGAAGGUUGGGGGUAUGAAAUAAUAAAGUUAUGUGAAUCAUGUCACACUGUUCAUUUUAAAUAGAGAUGAUUUACAAAUAUUUAUUCUAACAAAAAGUUUAUGAUUGUCUCAACUGCCUUUUCUCCCAGCCAUUUAUCCCUAUGCAUUUAUUUACAUUAUCAUCAUUUCUUUCAUGUCUCAUUCAAUUCUUUAUUCAAUGCUGAUGAAUUUUUAUUUUUUAAAAUUUGGAUAGAUUUUCCAGAAAGAGUGUAACUGUAUUUAAAAUGAGAAUUUCCUUUAAUAGAAUUUUAGUGAAAUUCAAAAUCUCAUAGCAAGUUCUUGCUGUAUUCCAGUGUAAUUGCCUUGUCAUUCAUUAGUAAAGCAAAAUUCAAAUUGGCAUCAUAUCAUCUCAUCACAAACUCCUUCAUCCCUACACUUUGCUAUUAAAUUUUUAGCAAUAUGUCAACACACAGAUGAUGAUACAAACCACAGAUGCAAAGAACCUUCGCCAGUCUCGAAGACCAGACACAUCGGACAAGGUAAACAAGCUAACUUAUCAAACUACAAGAACUUGUGAUAAAUUUAUCUCCCCUCUCCAUCAUGUUUCAAAUUCCUCAGAUUUGAUUGGCUCCUGCUUUACACAAUUAUACUGAAUAGUUAUUCUGACAAUCCCUGUUUUAUUAAUGAGUGC